ACAUGCUAACCCAGUGACAGCUGGGCAACGAGCCUCCGCCCAGAACCGCUGCCGCGCCGCCGCCGCCGCCGCCACAGCGCUUCCCACGCCGUCGACCGAGGGGGCCGCAGGAAAUGGCGGACAACAUCCCCCUACAGCCCGUGAGACGACCGAAGAGACACGACGGCAAACACCGACAUGGGUGCUGCCCGUGGUCGAGAUGCUGUGGCAUGGGGGACUUCCGUCCCCGCACGGUGUGGCUCGGCCACCCAGAGAAGAGGGAGCAGAGGUACCCCAGGAAUGUCAUUAACAACCAGAAGUACAACUUCUUCACCUUCCUGCCUAUGGUGCUUUACAAUGAGUACAAGUACUUUUUCAACCUGUACUUUUUGCUCCUGGCCUGCUCUCAGUUUAUCGACGAGCUACGCUUAGGGGAUCUCUACACCUACUGGAUCCCGUUGGGUCUCGUUUUGAUUAUCACCGUCGUAAGAGAGGCAGUGGAAGAAAUAAGAUGCUAUCUUCGAGACAAAGAAGUGAACUCUCAGAUCUACAGCAAGCUCUCAACAAGAGGCACAGUGAAGGUGAAAAGCAGCGGUAUUCAAGUGGGAGAUCUCAUAAUCGUGGAAAAGAACCAGCGAGUUCCUGCUGACAUGAUCUUUUUAAGGACCUCUGAAAGAAAUGGCUCCUGUUUCCUGCGGACUGACCAACUGGACGGAGAGACGGACUGGAAACUACGCCUCCCAGUGGCCUGCACGCAGAGACUGCCGACCGCUGCCGACCUUCUCCAAAUUAGGUCAUACGUGUAUGCUGAAGAGCCAAAUAUCGACAUCCAUAACUUCAUUGGAACUUUUACCAGGGAAGAUGGAGACCCCCCAGUCAACGAAAGUCUCAGCAUUGAGAACACCCUGUGGGCCAGCACCGUGGUUGCCUCCGGCACCGUGGUGGGGGUUGUGAUUUACACAGGAAAGGAGCUGCGCAGUGUCAUGAACACCUCCAACCCAAAGCACAAGGUGGGUUUGUUCGACCUGGAAGUGAACUGUUUGACCAAGAUUCUGUUCGGGGCCCUGGUGGUGGUGUCACUGGCCAUGGUGGCCCUCCAGCACUUCGCCGGCCGCUGGUACCUCCAGAUCUUCCGCUUCCUGCUGCUCUUCUCUAACAUAGUGCCCAUCAGUUUGCGCGUCAAUCUGGAUAUGGGGAAGAUGGUUUUCAGUUGGAUGAUUAAGAAGGACUCCAAGAUCCCCGGGACAUUGGUGAGGGCGAGUACCAUACCUGAGCAGCUUGGACGCAUCUCCUACCUUCUGACUGACAAGACAGGGACUCUGACCCAAAAUGAAAUGGUGUUCCGGCGGCUCCAUCUUGGAACUGUGGCCUAUGGGAUGGACUCAAUGGAUGAAGUGCAGAGCCAUGUGUUCAGCGCCUACACACAGCCCACCCAUGACCUCCCAGCCUCCAGGGCUCCGGCGGCCACUAAGGUCCGCAAGACCAUCAUCAGUAGAGUUCACGAGGCCGUGAAGGCCAUCGCGCUGGUGCACAACGUGACGCCGGUGUACGAGUCCAACGGCGUGACGGACCAGGCCGAGGCCGAGCAGCACUACGAGGACACAUGCAGGGUCUACCAGGCUUCCAGCCCAGACGAGGUGUCGCUGGUGCAGUGGACUGAGAGCGUUGGGCUGACACUUGUGGGAAGAGACCAGUCCUCCAUGCAGCUGCGGACCCCUACUGGCCAAAUUCUGAACUUCACCAUCCUGCAGAUCUUCCCCUUCACCUAUGAGAGCAAGAGGAUGGGCAUCAUCGUGCGAGAUGAAUCGACGGGGGAGAUCACGUUCUACAUGAAAGGUGCUGAUGUGGUGAUGGCAGGCAUCGUCCAGUAUAACGACUGGCUGGAGGAGGAGUGUGGAAACAUGGCGAGGGAAGGUCUGAGGGUCCUCGUGGUCUCCAAGAAGUCCCUGACCGAGGAGCAGUAUCAAGAUUUCGAGGCGCGGUACGUCCAGGCCAAGCUCAGCGUCCACGACCGCUCCCUGAAGGUGGCCACAGUGAUUGAGAGUCUGGAGAUGGAGAUGGAGCUGCUGUGUUUGACCGGGGUGGAAGACCAGCUCCAGACCGACGUCAGGCCCACCCUGGAGAUCCUGCGCAACGCAGGCAUUAAGGUGUGGAUGCUGACGGGAGACAAGCUGGAAACGGCCACGUGCACGGCGAAGAACGCCCAUCUGAUCACCCGCAACCAGGACAUCCAUAUCUUCAGACCCGUUACAACGCGAGGGGAAGCCCACCUGGAGCUCAACGCUUUCAGGAGAAAACACGACUGCGCUCUGGUGAUAUCGGGGGACUCGCUUGAGGUCUGCCUGAAGUACUACGAGUACGAGUUCAUGGAACUUGCGUGUCAGUGUCCCGCUGUGGUUUGCUGUCGGUGCACGCCCACUCAGAAGGCCCAGAUAGUGCGGCUGCUGCAAGAGCGCACAGGCAAACUCACCUGCGCUGUAGGGGACGGAGGAAACGAUGUCAGCAUGAUCCAGGAAGCCGACUGUGGCGUGGGAGUGGAGGGAAAAGAAGGAAAACAGGCGUCCUUGGCUGCUGACUUCUCGGUGACUCAGUUCAAACAUCUAGGUCGUCUGCUCAUGGUUCACGGUCGGAACAGCUACAAACGGUCUGCGGCCCUCAGCCAGUUUGUCAUCCACCGGAGCCUGUGCAUCAGCACCAUGCAGGCGGUUUUCUCCUCUGUUUUCUACUUUGCUUCAGUCCCACUCUACCAAGGAUUUCUGGUCAUUGGCUACACCACCAUCUACACCAUGUUCCCUGUCUUCUCCCUGGUGUUGGACAAGGAUGUUAAGUCCGAAGUUGCCAUGUUAUAUCCAGAGUUAUACAAAGAUCUCUUAAAGGGUCGGCCUCUAUCUUUCAAGACAUUUCUAAUAUGGGUCCUAAUAAGUAUCUAUCAAGGGAGCAUCAUCAUGUAUGGGGCACUGCUGCUCUUCGAGUCGGAGUUCGUCCACAUCGUUGCCAUUUCCUUCACGUCUCUCAUCCUGACCGAGCUGCUGAUGGUGGCCCUGACCAUCCAGACGUGGCACUGGCUCAUGAUAGUUGGCGAGCUCCUGAGCUUGGCCUGUUACGCCGCCUCGCUCGUCUUCAUGCACGACUUCAUCGAUGUCUACUUCAUCACCACGGUGUCGUUCCUGUGGAAGGUGACUGUCAUCACGCUGGUGAGCUGUCUGCCACUUUACAUCCUCAAGUACCUGCGGAGACGCUUCUCUCCGCCCAACUACUCCAAACUGACCACUUAAAGAGCGAGAGGCGCCUCCUUAACGGGGGGGAACACAGGAAGUCGCCCCUGUCUUCACCCAGUGGAGCCUGAACUAAGACCAGAGAAUCGAACAUGGAUUCAUGCCCCCCCCCCCCCCCCCCCUAAUAAUGUUCUGAAAUGAAAAGUUUUCCUCAGAUAAACGCGGAAGACGGUGCAGAGGGUUUCCGUCAGGGACAGGUCGUUUACUGAGUUUCUGUUAGCAAGCAGUGUUUCAUGCUGCAUGUGUCCAAUGCAAAGACUAACUGACGGCUGCUUCCGACUUAUUUACAGUCAGCUCUUCCCGCAGAACUACACACAUAAAAAUAUCGUAUGUUAUAUAAUAAUGUGGCUAUCGCCUCUGUGUAUUAGAUUAAGACACCAAAUGAGUUCAGUAAAUUAUGCGAGUCAAGGUUGUUAUAUAAUGUCAAAAAUCUAAUUGGGGAGAAGCAACCGGAAAAGUUGGACGUCUCACUCGGUUAUUUUAUGAGUCACUUGGGCUGGAGGCUAAUUCUCUCUAAUUUCUAGUUACAUCUCAGAGAACAAAGUCGUUUUUAUUAUUAGACGCUGAAACUGACGUGGGGUUCUCGCUCAGCUCCUGAUUCACCCUCCCCUCAAACGCUGAUCGAGAAUUACACGGUAAAAGAAAGUUUACUGGCUAGACUUUGCAUAAAACGCACGUCCGCAAGUUUGCGUAUUUGUUUAUGCGUCACUCCGAUGCUACGGCCCCGACACGGCGGAGGUGGUGUGGCUGUUUAUUUUAGAGUGACCUGUGGUGUCUGACGUUAAAUGCGUCCUCGCGUCCCUGUAAUGGGGCCCUGAGUUGUUCGUCGUGUUUGUGGAAAGCGCGCUGAAAACAACCGCAAAGGAGUGUCGGUUAUUUGCAGUCGAAACCUUCCGCCGGGGCUCCCGGCAGGCUGCUCGUCCGCAGAGGAAUUUCGUCGCCUCUCAUGUGGCCGCUCGGGCCCGGGGCCAGCACCCGCCACGCUGAAAGCAAUGCAUGAUGACUCACUGUAACAGUGACCCGAAGCCAUAAGUGAAAAUACCCGUGCGACCGUCGACUAAUCUCGGGCCUCCUCACCUUCCUCACUGCUACUAACCUUCACAGUUCCGCUGUGGGAAAAAAAAGAAGACAAAAAGAAGGGAUCAAAUCACGACUCAUCAGUCGGAUACAAUGUGAAUAUUGUUCAAAAGUAUUACUGCUGCACAUGAAAAAAAAGGAAGGGUACGUUAAUUCUCUAUAUUCACUGAUCACUGUAAAAAGUUGGCAACUAACAUGAUCACAGUUCAUGACCACGUUUCCCUUUAUUUCAAAGUGACCACAAAACAUUUCUGCUCUGUUUCUUUAAACCAGAAAGUCCAGGGUGCCAUAAUUCAUCCGCUCUCUGCUCCGUUGAACUCAACUUCUAAUCCUCAGUGAAUUCAUCUGCUGUUUUGCACAUGAUUUUUUUCUUUUCUUUUUUUUUUUACGAGUGACUCUUACAUUUUUAUGUUGACAUAAAAUUAUAAAACAUGAAAUGACACUAAAACAACCUGCUUGUUUGUAAAUAGCUAAUUCUUUUUUUUUAUUUAUUAACCUGUUUUAUUUAACGGUGUCGAUUGCACUCAUCAAAAAAAGGGAGAAAUGUCCUGAAGUCAAUGUUGUGAUGAUGAUGAUUAAUAAAUCCCAUGUUUUCUUUU